AUUUAUGUGGAAAUUGAAAGAUACAACACAAAUGUUAUGACUGACUGACUGACGAGGAAGAAAUUGAUGAGGGAGCUCAGCUCAGCAGUCAGCUCAGAGUGGAAGGAAGGAAGGAAGGAAGGAAGGAAGGGAGGCGAGCCAGCGAUGUCACGCCUAUAGCUUGUUGUUUUUCGCUUAAUAAUUAAGUCUUCUUUGCUUUCGAGUCCUCUGCUUUGUCAGUCAACCUGGGAAAUUAAGCUUUUAGUUCCUUGUUCAUGCCGCGCGCGCUAUAAAUCCUCGAAUUCUACUCCUCGUAACCACCCGAUGCGUGCCGGAGUAUGAAGGCUGUGAGUCUGGAGACCGACGCCUGCGACACCAGCCUCGCGCUCGGCCUCGCCGUCGCCGACCGGAAGCGGCCGCCGCUAAGCAGGGAAAACAGAGCGUCGGCGGAGGCGGCGGCUCCACCGCUCAGCGCCAUGUCGUCGUACUCCGCCGCCCGCACGCCGUCGCCGGAGGCCAGAAAGGAGAAGAAAUUUACCGGCGGGGAAGAAGGCGGCUGUCUGGACAGCGACGGCGGAGGCAAGAAGAAGCUGAGGCUCACCAAGGAGCAGUCGGCCAUGCUGGAGGACCGAUUCAAGGAGCAGAGCACCCUCGAUCCCAAACAGAAGCAUGCCUUGGCGAAGCAAUUAAAUCUCCGGCCACGGCAGGUGGAGGUCUGGUUCCAGAACAGAAGAGCAAGGACGAAGCUGAAGCAGACGGAGGUGGACUACGAGUUCCUGAAGCGGUGCUGCGAGUCGCUGACCGAGGAGAACCGGCGCCUGCAGAGGGAGCUGCAGGAGCUGAAGUCCCUAAAAUUGGCAUCACCGGCGGCGGCGGUCUACAUGCAAUUCCCAGUGGCGACCCUGUCCGUGUGUCCUUCCUGCAAGGCCAUCGUCGCCGGGAGCAACGCCGGUGGGGCGGCCGAGCCGCUGCAGGUGGCUCCGAAGAACAAUCUAUUCAGUAAUCCCUUCGUCCGCUCCACAACGUGCUGAAUCCAUCGAUUCCUCACGCCCAAUUGACUAGCUAGCCAGCCCACGCCCUCUCUUUUCAUCUGGGGCGCGGCAGAAAUCGCUGCUGAUCGGGAAGGAAAGUAGUUUGAUCGAUAUGUGUUUUUAUCAUUUACAGACACUUCAUGUGUAGUUCCAGUGCCAUUUGUGAUUCUACUCUUCUCCUCUUUCACGCCA